UGUUUCACUACCAUCCGAGCUCACAGCUCAAAAUCAAAACCAAAUAGACUACUUGCCAUCUUUGACUCCCACAUCUUGAAAUGUAUUCAUUUAUUUCAAUCAAUCAUUACAUUUUGAAGAAUAAGAGGAGGAUCAUGACUGCCGACGCUGGCCGCUUCACUCUCUGAUGAUCAUGGGUUCCUCAACGGCGUCGUUUCACAAGUUCCUCUCCCUCCCUUCCCACACCCACACCCACACCCACACCAAAAAUGUCGCAACUCGCAACCCUUUAUUCUCAAACUCAAGGCCACUUCUUCUGCUUCAUCAGAGGUGGCGUCAUCAUCGUCGUCGUCGUCAUCGGCUUUCUCUCGCUGCUCUAAACGCACCGUUUUGCCUCAUUUCGGAUCGCGGACCCAGGCGCAAUGUCAGGCUGCACGCUUCGGUCGCCAACCCAGCUUCCUCCUCUAAUCCGUCGACUUCAAAACGCGUCGUUUUGAGCUCCCUGUUGACCAUUGCUCUCGCCGUCGGGAACAAGGUCCUCUACAAGCUCGCACUCGUCCCCAUGAAGAACCACCCCUUCUUUUUCGCCCAAUUCACUACCUUCGGUUAUGUGAUUAUAUACUUUUCAAUACUGUACCUACGGUACCGUUCUGGGAGGGUGACGGAUGAAAUGAUAGCCCUUCCCAAAGCUCCAUUUGUGGCCAUUGGUGCCUUGGAUGCUCUCGGAGUCGCUGCUGGGAUGGCUGCUGUAGCCAUGCUUCCCGGACCGGCCAUACCCUUAUUGAGUCAGACAAUGUUGGUGUGGCAGCUGGGUUUUUCUUCUCUUAUCUUGGGAAAAAGAUACAGAUGCAAUCAGAUUGUUGGCUGCAUCCUUGUAGCUGUAGGUGUAGCACUAGCUGUGGCAAGCGGGUCUGAUUCUGGCCAGAUGCUAUCUGGAGUUGAGCCUGUGUGGCCUCUACUAAUGAUUGCUUCAAGUGCUUUUCAAGCUGGUGCAUUUAUAAUCAAGGAAUUUAUCUUUGUUGAUGCUGCUGUCCACCUUAAGGAAAAAUCACUUGACAUAUUGGUUGUCAACUCUUUUGGAUCUGCAUAUCAGGCUCUUUUUGUACUUCUAUUUCUACCUUUCUUAUCCAAUAUGAGAGGCAUACCAUUUGCCCAACUUCCUACAUAUCUAAAAGACGGUGCUGGUUGCUUUCUGAAUAUUGGAGCUGGUGCAUCAGGUUGCAAUGGAGCUCCAUUGCUCCCCCUGCUUUACGUAGCUGCCAAUCUGUUGUUCAAUAUAUCCUUGAUGAAUGUAGUAAAGAUUUCUUCGGCGGUCGUUUCUUCUCUCGUUGUGAUGUUGUCAGUGCCAAUCUCGAUUUAUGUUCUUUCCCUUCCAUUGCCAUAUCUCCAAGAGGGUGCAACUUUGAGCCCCUUUUUCCUCUUUGGUAGUGCGAUUCUUGUCUUGGGUCUUAUUCUGUACAGCAUACCCCAGCCUGCCAAGGAUGGCUCUAAAAUUAAUUGAUAUCAUUUUUGUUAGAGUUGCACGUUAAUUUGUUACGUCUCCAAAUCCAAAUCCCGUUUCUAGUUUUGUUUUGUUUUUUUGUUUUUUUCUUAGGCUGAGUUUAGAAUUGCAGUGAGAAUAAUCAACGGUGAAAAAACUCCGUGGUGAGAAAGAUUAGCUUUUUGUAAAUUGUGUAUUUGCAGUUAAUGUGUUAAAAAAGAAUGAAAAAAAGUUGGCAUUGUGUUUGGUUGAA